CUCCCAGGGCUGGUGCUGUACCGCGAGUACGCGAGUGACUGGGGGCGGGGCGCCCUCACAGGGAAGGGGGAGGAGGCGGGGCGGGGCGGCACGGCGGGCAUCAUGGCGUGGCGGAGCGGGGUGACGGCGCUGCUGAUGCUGCAACCUCGCACCGCGCUGCUCGCAACCCGGGGACCGGCCGCCUCCUACGGUACUUCGAUAACAUCUGCCAAAAUCCAAGUGAAUGGAGUCAAUCUGCAUUAUCAGCAAACAGGAGAAGGAAGCCAUGCAGUUCUUCUACUUCCUGGAAUGCUAGGGAGUGGUCAAACCGAUUUUGGACCACAGCUUAAGUCCAUGAAUAAGCAACUAUUCACAAUUGUCGCUUGGGAUCCACGAGGAUACGGACAGUCCAUCCCUCCCUCUCGAGACUUUCCUCCAGAUUUCUUUGAGAGAGAUGCAAAAGAUGCUGUGGAUCUUAUGCAGGCACUGAAAUUUAAGAAGUUCUCUUUGCUGGGAUGGAGUGAUGGUGGCAUUACAGCACUCAUUGCAGCUGCAAAGUAUCCAGCUCUUAUCCACAAGAUGGUUGUCUGGGGAGCAAACGCUAGUGUUACUCAAGAGGAUGUGAGAAUUUAUAAUGGUAUUCGAGAUGUUUCAAAAUGGAGUGAAAAGGUUAAGAAACCACUUGAAGAGCUGUAUGGACUUAAAUACUUUGCAGAAACCUGUGAGGCUUGGGUAGAUGGAAUAACCCGCUUUGCUGAAAAAUCAGGUGGUAGUAUCUGUCAACAGUUGCUGCCUCAUAUUAAAUGUCCUACAUUAAUAAUUCAUGGUGAGAAAGACCCUUUGGUUCCACGCUUUCAUGCAGAAUACAUCCAUGAGCACAUCAAAGGCUCCCGGUUGCAUCUGAUGCCAGAAGGAAAGCAUAAUCUACAUCUGCGUUUUGCAGAAGAGUUCAACAGAGAAGUAGAAGAAUUCUUACGGUGACCUAAACUGUAAAGUUAGAGGGCAGAAACCUCAGCUGCAGUGAAAUAUCUUGAAGACGGACUGGCUCAAGCUUGGUAGUACAUGGAAUUACAUGCUAUUGCUUUUGCAACCUCAAAAUAUCCAAGAUUAUACUAGCAGUUUUUUUUUUUUUAAAUUGGCUUCUACAUUCAUUGUAUUCUGCUAUUGUAUUUUCCAGACAUUUUUGCAGUACUUAAUCACAGGCAAUCUUUGUUACUGCUAGUACAACUUGUGCGUAUACAUUUCUACAUGCUGUGGGUGUAGCCUGCAUUUUUUUAGGCAGCCCUGGGCUGCUACGUCUUCUCACUAUUUGCAGAGCUGCAAAACAGCUGUCCCUCUUGGCAUCUCUAUGGGAUAUACACAAGCAUUUAAGAGCUUUUUGGCUGCCAAGUUAUUCUUGGAAAUCUACAAAGCAACAGCUUGAAGCGUUCUUACUCCCCAUCUGAAGGUACCUGGACAAUCCCUAACAUGUCUUCCUCCCACAUACAUACAGUGGCUUCCUAAGAGCUUUAUUAUUAUACUCUUAAGGAUUUUGAACUUUUAAUUCACAGAAGCUAUAACACCCAUUUCUUUGUAGAUCCUCACAGGUUUCUAGGGGUGUAACUCCAGAUUAAAAAAAAAAAUACCCAUCUACAGCGAGGCUCAUGUUUGUGUCUGAAAAGUUCCCUCAUCUACAGUAAUACUGAGCACUCACAAACACCCAGCAAAGAAAAUUAAACAUUAAUUGCUUAAAUGUCAAUCCAGAAUCCUACAUUUUGGCAAAUUAACACUAUAAAAAACCCUUAGCCAUUAAUGGCAUUUAAAUGAACAGAAUGGUUCACUAUAGCGUUUUUAACAGGUUUUGGUUUCACAAAUUUGAGGUACUUAAUAUCAUGAACAAAAAAUCCCAAUACCUCAUUCAUAGAUCUGCAGUGCCUGUGCGUGGGAACGCCCGUGUGCCCCUCUGCAGCCAAACCACUGCUUGCAGCUCAGCAGCCAGCUGAACAAAACUCUACCUUCCCCUGUUUCCAAGGCAACCGCAGAGCCUUGGAAAUGAGCUGCACAAGGGAGGCAAUGGAAAUCUUAGCACGUUUUAACGUAUCUGCAAUUUCCUAUUGUAGGAUGGGGAAUUGCAAACAUACAAAUACGGGAGCUGCUGAAGCAUACACAAUAAUAGAUUGAGCAUCUGCCUAUGGCUUUAUUCUCAUUUACAAUGAGUGAUAGCACAUAUUGCUUAGAUGUGCAUAUCAGAAACGAAAUGAUUUUUUUGAGUCUUCCUAUUGAAAUCAAUGGAUGUUGCUCUGUCCAUUAGCUUUUUGUCUAAAUUCUACCAGACAAUAACAGCAUCACCACCUGAUGCAAUCUCUGAGAUCACCUAUGGUACUUAAUCACUAGUGAUGUGUGUUAAGAAUAUUUCCCCUAGCAAGAGGGUGGAAUAUUUGUGGAGGAAUUUUUAAUUCUAGUAAUAAAAUGAUAACAAAAAUCUAUUUUUAUCUCAGAAUUACAACCCACUGCAGGCACUAAAAGCAGUUACAUAGUAGUGCUGAGCACAGUUUUAUGAAUGAGCAAAAGCAAUUUCACUGUAGAGCCUUCUGUACUUGUGCUUUUUUCUUGGACUUAAAUUUUUUGCAUUCAGCCAAGAACAAAAGAAGAGAGAGGAGGAGCAUGUAAGACAACAUCACAGAACAAUAUAGGGCACUGUCAGUUCUGAAAUAACAGUUCUCUUCUUUAAAUAAGCACAGUUUUCCCCAUGAGCCUAAUGUUACUUCCAUACUGUGGCUUCUCUUGGGAACUUAGCCUGUAACCUCUGAGUCAGGAAUUUGUUUACAUAGUCCUAAAGGACACGACAGUCUCUGCUCAUCCGGCUUCCAAAAGUUACCAUAACAAAUACAAUCAUUAUGAUAUCACUAAAUGACUGCAGAAAGGGGAAAAUAUGUUUAUCAUCACCAGGCACAGAUUUACUGAGAAGGAAAGAGGCAAAACAAUGCAGCCUCUCAUUACUUCCGCUUGGCACACCAGAUGUGAUGGGGUAGCUGCCAGAUGGCUCCUGCCCCCAGCCAGCCUGCACCUACCUUUUAAGAUCACUCAGAAGAUGAAAUCUGUUUGCUAUCUCCAUCAACUAAGGUCUUCAAGUCAAUAUACAACCGAUUCCAGCAUCGAUAUAAACGAAACGCUGCUAUCAUGUUUUCCAGGGCAGCCUAUUUCCUACUUGUCAGUGGGAACAAGGAACAGACAGAGGCUUUGAUCAGCUAGUCACAGUUUCUUUUGUUCCUCAGCCUCCUUGCUCUAUCUUGCAAUCUGAUCAUUACUUGUAAUUCAAACCGACACCUAGCUAACUCCACGCUUUAUCCUGGGAAAUUUCUAAUAGAUGCCAUAAAGGUGGGAUUUGAUAUAUAUUGCUUAAAGUCACCCAGGUUCUUUGCAGGUGAGAACAGGGUGGUGUUGCUCCAACUAACUAGUUCCAGCCAACUAAGCACUUGCUCUGCUCUCCCCUGCAGACACUGUUUUUUGCCUUCUCUGUACCAGUUCUCACUUUGACACAUUCCUUAAUCCAAUAAAAGGCUUCUUCCUUCUCAUUUACCAUAUCUAGGUGGUUUAGGAAACUGAUUCAGAGAGGGGUCAGACAUGCUUCAGAGGGAAUUAAAACCUCUAAAGCAAGGCAGUGGGGUAGGACUAUCCUUUUCAGCAGCUGAAGGAUAAUGAAUGAGCCCCACCCAUGGAGCUACCCACUUCUGUGAGCAGCAGCUCUCUUAAAGUCCUGGAAACCUUCAAUCCAAACUCACUCUAUGGCUUUCUCCCUGUCUUCUAGUGUGGAGCUGGAGUUUUCAAAUACCAGUCAUUCUACUAAUUUAUUAACAAUAAAAUCAGGAUUAUGCUGGAUGCACAGUGGCAGACUAAGUCAUGCUUGAAUUUCAUUUAAUGCAUGUAAAGCUUUUUUUUUUUUUUGAGGCCAUUUGAAUUCUGCAUGAAAACCCUGUUUAAUUAUUCACUGUGGAGGCAGGCAGUGUAUUUGUCACAUCCAUAGAAAUAUGCUGAAACAUUUUUCACUGCAAAACAACACAGAGCUGUUUACUGAACAAACUACACAGCCUCUGCCAGGGUAGCCAUUCCAUCUCCUUGAGCAAGUGCUUUCACAUUCUUCUUAAACUAAGUUGCUAGCAUUUUUUUGCAAUGAUAAAUACACCCUUGACAAGAAAAAAAAUGCCUUGAAAUUAUCAGAUGAGAAGCCAAGUGAGAUAAAUAAUGAUUAUAAAAGAUGAUAGAUCAGUCACUGGGACCAAUUUGAAGAUCUGUAUCUCAGAAGAAUCAAACAUUAAUAAAUGGGAAUUUAACAAAGCCAACUUGAUGUUUUCUCAAGAGAAACUACAGCAGAGAAACAGAUCAGUUGUUAUUAAACUGCUCAGGGAGGAAGACAAGUUUAUCACCUGCACUAUUUUUUUUUUGCUGGUAAGAACUGAGGGAUUGGACUCCUCUCAAUACCUGGCCUUCAACAUGCAUUAAAACAAAUGUCCAAAGGGCUCUGGAAAGGUAAGUGUCCCAUAGAGUAAAGUCUAAGAAAUGUCUCUUUUCCAAAAUAUUCCACAGCCUCAAGCACUUUGCUGUAUGUCCAAAUGCUUCCAUUUUGAUUUCUGAUGUAGGCAAGCUAAGGAUAACAGCCAUCUAAAAUGGAAGCAUUGAUACGUGGUAGCAUGCACUUCCCCAUUUUAACAAAUAAAGAACAGAAUGUGUUAUUGGUGGAAUAUCAGAAGGCAGAUGCUUAGCAUGGCAAUUUGAGAUUGGUAGGAAAAAAAUUCAAGACCUUUUGAUCCAGUCACAUGCAGAACUGCUACAAAUACUACAAAGGUUGUUUUUUUU